GGUUGAUCAUAAACUGUAUGACAUCCUGUAAGCCAGCGAAGAAGGAGGCCUGGUUGGCACGUGUGUUUAGCCAGGGAAAUAAUUGUGUAUUUGUUUAAAAAACUUUGUGGUUGGUUCUUUUGAUUUGAUUUGAGCAAUAGAUAGUAAAAAUGCCGAAGGUCAAAGCGGAGAAGAAAAGCAGGCAGCACCAAGAAGUGAAGAACCAAGGUAUCAUGUUCAACACUGGCAUUGGUCAGCACAUCUUGAAGAAUCCCUUGGUUGUCAAUGGCAUCAUUGAAAAGGCUGCUUUGAGGCCGACCGAUGUGGUUCUGGAGGUGGGCCCUGGCACAGGUAACAUGACCGUGAAACUUCUGGAGAAAGCCAAGACGGUGGUGGCCUGCGAGCUGGAUUGCAGAUUGGUAGCUGAACUUCAGAAAAGAGUACAGUGCACACCCAUGCAGAGCAAACUCCAGAUACUAGUCGGAGAUGUGCUAAAAACAGAUCUACCUUUCUUUGACGUCUGCGUGGCUAACUUGCCCUAUCAGAUUUCAUCACCAUUUGUCUUCAAGCUGCUGCUGCACAGACCUUUCUUCCGGUGUGCCGUGUUGAUGUUCCAGAGGGAGUUCGCCAUGCGUUUGGUCGCCAAACCUGGAGACAAGCUCUACUGCAGACUGUCCAUCAACACGCAGCUGCUGGCCCGUGUAGACCAUCUUAUGAAGGUGGGGAAGAAUAAUUUCCGUCCUCCUCCUAAAGUGGAGUCAAGCGUCGUCAGGAUAGAACCGAAAAACCCUCCUCCUCCAAUCAACUUCCAGGAGUGGGAUGGUCUGGUCAGAAUUGCCUUUGUGAGGAAAAACAAAACGCUGAAUGCAGCUUUCAAGUCUGCUGCGGUGGAGCAGCUGUUGGAAAAGAACUACAGAAUUCACUGCUCUCUGCACAGUGUGGAAAUGCCCGCAGACUUCAGCAUCACCAAGAAGAUCGAGAGUGUCCUGCAGGAUGCGGGGUUCAGUGAGAAGAGAGCCAGGUCCAUGGAUAUUGAUGACUUCAUGGUACUACUGCAUGCAUUCAACUCUGCUGGGAUCCAUUUCUCUUAAAUGGCUGAUGGAGCCUGAUUGGACAGCUUACUGACUCCUGACAACAGGAGGAGUCCCUAUUGGUCAAAUCAGUGGGAAGUAAUAAGCUGUCUUCCUUCUUCCUCUUGUGGACUCAUUUCUUGGUGCCUUGUUUGUAAAACAUAAAUCUGCAAUGUUGAAUUCUUUGCAGAAAUGUACAAACUACAGUAUUUAAGGAGGGGUAAUACAUCUAAUGAGCUCAUAUUGAGAUCAUUUUAAAGCUGUUUUCACUCAGAUGAGAAUGAUGACAACAUAGAAUUAACCACCAUAACAGUAAAUUGAAGAUGGGUGUAAAUUCAUUGAGAGAACAUAUUUGGUUUAACUGUAACUUGGUUGAGCCCACAUUACAAUCUUAAUGAAUGUAACUUAGUGUGCAUUAUUUCUAUGUCCCAUUUUACUCUCUGAAUAACAGUGUGCCCUCAUAUUGCAUCAGUAGGAAUAAAUAUUUUCAACCAAUAAAAUCUUAUCCAAGUGUUUAAACGUCCCAUCCCUCCACCUACCCCUUCAGAUAAAACUCUGUCACUGAUAUCCUAUUGGAUUAUACUUUUGAAUCAUCCCUCCCCAAAUUAUCCCACCAUAACUCCCUGUUACAGUCAGAAAUCCUUAAAAUCAUGGGGUUUUUUUAGAUUCAGUGAAGCUGGCCAUUCUGCCACGUGUCUUGCAAGUCAUCAGAGGUCGUCACUUUGGACAGGGAAAACAUAAGCUGUGUGAAACCUGUUGUCAAAGGAUUAUCAGGGGUUGUGAGACCUCAUGUCAUUGAAAAUAUCUGGGAUGAAUGAGAUUUAUAUCGCUUACAAUCUGUAAGUGUAUCACACCACGUUUUCCUGCAAAAUGUAAAUACAUGUAAUAAAGGUAAUGAAGAUGUGUGCAGUCUAUCUUCAAAAUAACUGUCUUACUCAGUAAGCAAAUGGACAUUAAAAAGCCACAUGCCUUUUUCUUUCCA